CGCCUGGGCAGAGACAGAGCGUCCGUCCAACGGGAGCGGCGGAGACUGGCCGGAGGGAGCGUCGGACAAGGACGUUCGGAUGGUGGUGAUCCAGUUCGUGUACGCGCUGGUGUGCCUGGUGGGACUGGCCGGGAACGCCAUGGUGAUCUUCGUCAUUCUGAGGUACGCAAAGAUGAAGACGGCGACCAACAUCUACCUGCUCAACCUGGCGGUGGCCGACGAGCUCUUCAUGCUCAGCGUCCCGUUCGUGGCGGCGGCGGCGGCUCUGGGGCGCUGGCCUUUCGGCCCGCUCAUGUGCCGGGCGGUGCUGAGCGUGGACGGCCUCAACCAGUUCACCAGCGUCUUCGGCCUGACCGUGCUCAGCGCCGACCGCUACGUGGCCGUGGUGCACCCCAUCAAAGCGGCCCGUUACCGGCGCCCCAGCGUCGCCAGGCUCGUCAACCUGGGCGUCUGGCUGCUCUCGCUGCUCGUCAUCCUGCCCAUCGUGGUGUUCGCCGGUACUGCUGUGAAUUCCAACGGCGAGGUGGUGUGCAUGUUCCUGUGGCCCCGGCCCGCCUGGUCAGUGGCGUUUGUCGUCUACACCUUCCUGCUGGGCUUCUUGCUGCCCGUGCUCGCCAUCGGCCUGUGCUACCUGCUCAUCAUCCUGCAGACCCGGGCUGUGGCCCUCAAAGCCGGCUGGCACCAGCGUCGGCGCUCCGAGCGCAAGCUCACCCGCCUGGUGCUGACCGUGGUGGCCGUCUUUGUGAUCUGCUGGCUGCCUUUCUACGCCGUGCACCUAGCCGGCGUCUUCCUGGCCGAGCUGGACACCACUGUCAGCCACCUCUGUGUGAUCCUCAGCUACGCCAACAGCUGCGCCAACCCCAUCCUCUACGGCUUCCUGUCCGACAAUUUCAGGCGCUCCUUUCAGCGGAUUCUGUGCUUCCGCUGGCUGGAGAACGGUACUGAGGAGCCGGUCGACUACUAUUCCACCGCUCUCAAGAGCAAAUUGGGCAGCCCACUGGAGUUCCAGCCUGCUGAAAACAUUGCCUCCGAGACUGUUUACAGAAACGGUACUUGCACCUCAAGAACAACCACCUUAUGAAUUCAGCGACAAGCACCUCUUGACUGUUUUCCAGGUGAAAUCUAUUUUACUAAAGAUUACUUAAAGAUGACAAAUUGUCAGUUCCACCGUUUGUUUACAAGUCAGUUUCAUCAGGGAUUUGUGAUGGUGGGUGUCCAUUGCACACAGGUGUGUGCCCUUGUCACUUUUCCAGUGAAUCUCUCUCCCUCUUUCCUGUGCGUCCCCCGUCCCUCGCUAUUCACUGACAGGCGCUGGUACAAAAGAUAAAGAGCCGAAAGUGUUGGAGAAACUCAGCGGUGUUCUCUCACCGUCUGUAGGGAGAGGAAAACAGAAUGAAGGUUUGGCCUCAAAAAUGGUUAACUCUGCUCAAAUGCUGAUAGACCUUGCUGAGUUUCUCCAGCACUUUUGUUUUUAAAAAUAAUUUCACAUGUCCAGCAUCCACAGUAUGCUUUAAUAUAUGCCUUUAUAUCAACAUGGGCUGCAUUGACAACCUCUACUUUUCCACCUGUAAGGGAAUUUGUCCAGGGUGGUCUGUCCAUCAAACUUGACUGAGGUUUCAAGAUCAUUUCUGUAACCCCAUCGUUAGAUGUGCAAAAUCAGUGAUGGGGACCAAAUUGUUCAGUUCAUCACCCAAUGCAGUCUCAGUGUUUGUUACAGCACUAAUCUGUUGAUCAAUGGUUGGGGGAAAUGACAAUGCAUUAUACGUUUCAAGCUGAGAACCCAGAAUAUAAACUACCACACAAGAUCAGAUUUGUAAUUAUUGCAACAACAAUUUUCCUGUUGUGUUAAGAAAGUGACAGCCAGUGUUUGAAUUAUAUCCAAAUCACAUUUGCUUUAAAGGCAGGGGAUGUUUUCCAAAUAGGCAAUGUACAACGCCCCCACUUCUCCAUCACAUUCACGGUCUGUACUGUACUACAAUCAUGUCUUUGUAAAUACAGCCCUGCUCUGUGUCCUCAAAUUGUGGACUAUACUAAAAGCCAUUUCAAUUGACCUCACAUUUAACAUUGUAACUACAGGCUGCACAGUCACUGUGUGAUAUUCAAUAUACGGAGUUGAGUGAGCAAUUCUGCAGGUAGACUACUUUAUCACAUUAAAGUUUCCCCAGGAAAAUGGGAAAAAAAAAACAUCUAUUGCUGCAGGGUGAAAAAGUAUAGUCAUGUCCCAAUGGAUUAAUUUUCACAUUUGUAGGAUGUAGAAUCUUUGGAAUUCUUUACCCCAGAGGGCUGUUGAACCUCAGUCAUUGAGUAUAUUCCAGACGGAGAUUGAUAGAUCUCUAGAGAUUAAAGACAUUAAGGAAUAUGGGGAUAGUGUGGGAAAAUCGAUUUUACACAGAAGGUCAGUUGUGACCCAAUUGAAUGGUGGAGUAGGCCCAAUGGGCUAAAUGGCCUACCCCUGCUCUUCUGUUCCUAUGGAUUAGAUUACAGAUGUGCACACAGUUUAGAAAUUGUGACAUUCAACUGGAUAGUUAAAAUGAGAUAAUAUGGAGCUAAUGAACUAAGGCAACAUCUGAUAUGAGCACACAUCAGGUAAGAGAGAAGGGAAACAUUAGUUCUUUCAGUCAAGCAUCUAAAGAUUGUUCUCUCAUCCCCAAAAUGGAUUUUGGAAUGAAAAAUACACUAUUCAGUUUAAAAGCACACUUACAGCUGCCAAAAAUAAAAUCUCAAUAUCCGACUUAUUGCUAAUCAUAAAGAGAACCAUUGUAUCCUUAAACAAAGUCGCAUUUGAAAACGAAGAUUCAGAUUAUAUCUUGAGUGACACUCUGCACUGCUGCAUUUUUUAUGCUGUUGUACAAGCAGCUAAUUUAUUCAUAAUAAGAAAACCUUCAGAACAUUGCAAAAUGCAUUAUAGCCAAGAAAGAGGUUUGAAAAGUGUAGUGUCUGUUGUGGGGAACUGUCACAGUUAAAUCAUUAAACAGAUGACCAAAUGAUCUGACUUUAGAUAUUAUUUGACAGGUAAGUGUUGGAGAGACACCCCUGCUUUUUUUCAAAAAGCUCAAUGGGAAACGAACACUCACCAGAGAGAAUAAACUGGACCUUUGAUCAACCAUUCAGCCAAAAGGCAAAGCUGCUGCGCUCACUGAAGUGUCAGCCUUGAAUAUCUUGCAGAUCUCCAAAAAAGAUCUUGAACUCCUGACCUUCUAAUUUAGAUGUGAGAACAUUGGGCCAAGGCUGAACCUUAGCUUGGCUUUUUCGUUACCAUCACCAAAUCAUUGGUGUUACCAAUUCAAAGAACAAUUUGCAAACUCAGCUCAUCAGGGCAGUGCAACAGCAACAAAAGUAAGGGCACAACAGGGAGAGAGAGAGAGGGGACUGAAUUAAAAUAAGGCAGUUCACCCUCCAAUGUGCCCACCUCUCUUUAAAGGCUUUGAUGGUGUUGAUAGACACCAAUGCCCCCUCUUCAAGGACAGCUGGGUGCGAACAUAGUCAUGGAAGAGGGCAGUCAGUUGGAGUUUGGCUAUUAAAUAGAAGAGUUCCUUAUUCAAAAAUAAAGUUGAACUUUAUGGGCCAUAAAAUAUUUCUUAACUAUGUGAGUGUACCAUCAUAUAAUGUAAAUUCAGAGGAGAGAGCUCUAAAUUUUUCUUCCACUUCCUAGGAGAUUAAGAGAGAAGUGCAGAUUAGGUGGGUAAACAAAAGUAAAUAGAUUUAUAAGAAAUAGUGGGUAGUGCCGAUGCUGGAGAAUCUGAGAGAGCAAGGUG